GGCAUUUUACUUAGUCUGUACUCUACUGGGGCACUGAUUGAAAAUCUUACUCUUUCAUUAAAAUUUUUAAUCUCACUAUCGAGAUAUUUUUUAUCCACACCAAACUACACAUCUACUUAACUACAUAAAAUGCCGCCACGUAAUAAGGAACAAGAACAAGAAAUUCUUGAUUGGAUUCAGAAUGUUUUGGGAGAAAAAUUGCCCCCUGGCAAUUACGAGGACAUUCUUAGGGAUGGUGUUAUACUUUGCCAACUGAUUAACAAGAUUGCUCCAGGUUCAGUAAAAAAAAUUCAAAACAAAGGAACUAAUUUCCAGCUUAUGGAAAAUGUUCAAAGAUUCCAAGCCGCUAUUAAAAAGUUUGGCGUACCGGAGGAAGAAAUUUUCCAGACCGCUGAUUUGUUCGAAAGAAGAAACAUCCCUCAAGUGUCACUUUGCCUAUAUUCUUUGGCCAGAAUAACUCAAAAACACCCUGAAUACACGGGACCACGACUAGGCCCCAAAAUGGCUGAUGAAAAUAAAAGAACAUUCACGGAAGAACAGCUCAAAGCAAACGAAGGACAUCUUAACUUGCAAAUGGGCUUCAAUAAAGGUGCCAGUCAAUCUGGACAUGGGGGUUUUGGAAAUACGAGACAUAUGUAAAUUUUGUACUAAAACAUCAUCUAUAUAUUGUAUAUUCAGCACCAGGUUUUUUA